AUGUCUGUCGCUGUUCCUCCCCCAGGCGCUCUCGUCGCUGUGGCCACCGGUGUCAUCGGCGCUGGAUGGCUAUCCGGUACAAUUGCAAACUUUUCUAUCAUCGGGAUGCCCACGGCGCAAAGCAUCCCUCAAGCUGCGCUGGAGAUCUGGCACGGCAUGUUCACCAGAGGCAUGGCCGCGAUGCCCAAGGUUGCUGGCACGGUUGCUCUCGCCUAUGCCUACGCUGCAUAUGACUCACAUAGCCGUGGCACAGACUGGAAGGGAUAUCUCACAGCUGCUGCUUUGGUCGUUUCGAUUGUGCCUUUCACGAUUGUAUUCAUGUCUCCCACCAACAACACGUUGUUGGCUGCUGUUAGUGGCCAGUCAGUUCUGUCGCAGGCGACUCUAUCAGAGCUCAUUCGGAAAUGGAGCUUUUUGAACAUCACUCGAAGCUUCCUCCCACUUCUCGGAGCGGCAACGGGCUUUGUAUCCUUUUUACGCAAUUGA